AUCACUCUCCAAUCCAUGGAAUUCUUCAGCAAAUUCCAAUGCUUUGUUUUGUUUUUGUUCUUCUUGACCAGAGGUAGUCUGCAGUGCUAUCCUGGAACCCUCAAGGACAUCACUAUUACACAAGUUAGAACCGGAGCGAAAAUGAUGAAUAAACCGGAGUGGAAAGUGACAGUCCAGCAAAAAUGUCAUUGUAGCUUUACAAAUGUGAAAGUACGUUGCCCCGGCUUUGAUUCUGUUGUUAAGCCGUCGCCUUUUAUUAUUUCCAAGUCAGGCCCGGACUUGUGCCUUCUUGACUACGGGAACUCUAUAGGAACAUUCCAUUUCACUUAUGGCUCGGAUCAACCGAUUGCAUUUGUUCCAUAUUCUUUCGUAGAAAAUUGCUCUUGAAUGAAUGAAUUGUUGUUGAUUGCUAGUCUUAUUAUAAUAAAACCUUG